UUUUUAAGGACACGUCGCUCCAGAGGAAAAGAUUGUGUUUUCACUGCUCGGUUCUUCUUUCUUCUCCUUUCAGUUUCCCAUUGGAGGAUUGAAUGAAUUUCAAGCGUUUCACUUCCCUUUCUUUUGCCUUUCCCUCUCUCUCUCUCUAUCUUUUUCUAUUCCACUUUUUCUUUCUCGAGAAUCCGACUCUGUUUCAAGGUAAUUACUUUAAUCUUUCUUUCUUUGAUUACUUUAUCAUUACCUCCAUAAUUGUUUAAUACUUCACUUUUUAAUUAAUCGAUUCUGUAACUCCCACUAAUCCAUCAAUAGCAAGUAAACCUUCCGCGUUGUUUCAGUAGAAAAGUUUUUUUGUCAUGUAAUGCAGUUGUUCACGAGGCAGUGACAGUAUUAUAUUCUUCACAUUAUUUGAAUUUCAAAAAAAAAAAAAUUAAAGAUUGAAGCUUUUUAAGUUUUUUUUGUUCUUUAAAGAUUAUAGGACAUAAUCUUUCUACUCAGACUCUGCUUCAUCGCCAGUUUUAGCAGCAACAGAGAGAGCACCAAAGAUUGUAUGAGCUGUAGCUGCAGGCCUUUCUAUGUAAAAAAGCUCUUCAAUGGCUAGAUUUCACUUUUUGGGUCCUUUUUAGUCUCUGUAACGCUUCCUUCAGUCUUCUCCGUAUACUCUGUGCUCUUUAUUUCUGAGGGAAAAAAAUGGGUAGAGCUACAAGAUGGCUUAAAGGCUUGUUUGGGAUAAAGAGUAGCAGAGACGAUUCAACUUCCGGUGACCGGAAAGACAAGAAACAGAGCACUUUUGGCCACUCACGGAGGGAUUCUAGAGGCUUCACUCAUAGUCCAGGGACAAUUCCACCCAACAUAACCUCAGCAGAGGCAGCUUGGAUAAGAUCAUAUUACAAUGAAACAGAGGAAGAACAGAGCAAGCACGCAAUUGCUGUGGCCGCCGCCACAGCCGCAGCUGCAGACGCUGCAGUUGUGGCUGCACAAGCAGCGGUGGCUGUGGUCAGACUAACCAGCAAUGGCCGGGGAACCAUGUUUGGCGGUGGCGGCGAGAGAUGGGGUGCGGUCAAGAUUCAAACUGUGUUUAGAGGUUAUUUGGCCAGAAAAGCCUUGCGAGCAUUGAAGGGUCUAGUGAAAUUACAAGCACUUUUUAGAGGCUAUCUUGUGCGCAAACAAGCCACUGCAACUCUUCACAGUAUGCAAGCUCUCAUUAGAGCACAGAAUAGUGUUCGAUCCCAGAGAGUCAGAGCAAGAAAAUCCAUGGAGAGGUUUGAAGAGAUAAGGAGUGAACACUCAGUGUCAGUCCAUAGCAGAAGAUUAUCAGCCUCUCUUGACACCACAAUCAACACUGCAACCGAUGAGAGUGCAAAGAUUGUGGAGGUUGAUACAGGGAGGCCAAAAUCAAGAUCUCGCAGAACCAACACUUCAAUUUCAGAUUUUGGCGACGACCCAUUUCACCAAACACUCUCAUCUCCAAUCCCAACUCGAAUUCCACCCCGUCUAUCGAUACCCAAUUGCGGUUGCAACCUUCAAGACUCUGAAUGGGGCUUAACAGGCGAGGAAUGCAGGUUCUCUACCGCGCAGAGCACUCCCCGGUUAGUCAAUUCAGCAUCUUCUAAUGCACCGGCGACGCCUGCUAAGAGUGUGUGUGGAGAUAACUUCUUUAGGCAGUAUAUGAACUUCCCUAAUUACAUGGCGAAUACACAGUCUUUCAAGGCUAAAGUGAGGUCACAGAGUGCACCAAAGCAACGACCGGAGCCAGGACCGAAGAAGAAGCUGUCAUUGAAUGAAAUGAUGGAGUCAAGGAGUAGUUUGAGUGGGAUUAAGAUGGAGAAAUCAUGUUCACAAGCUCAAGAAACUAUCAGUUUCAAGAAUGCUGUAAUGAGUAAGCUUAACAGGUCAAUGGAGUUUGUUAGAGAGCCAGGAAGAAAUUUUGAUCAGAACCAAGUGGUGACCCAAUAAAAGAAAUGCUGGAUGCAGUUUCCUUUGCAAGAAAUUCAAAUCUUGAUGUAAUCAACAGAUUCUUGAAAGAUCUAUAUGAAUAUGAAACAAUGCAAUGCUGCCAAAUUA